GAAGAUUGUUUUCUCAACAAAGGUGGCUUCAAGGCAUCAAAUCGAUUCAAAUGAUUGCACUCGACAUAACUGGCAUCUUGUAUUGAACACAUCAAGCUACUGGUGUUUUGUGACAAUGGUUGACGAUUUUGACGAUAGAGAAGUUCGGUCCAGCGGUGAACUCUGGUACGAAAUCUGCGCCAGUUUACCGCAAGACCAAAUUGGGACUGUUCCCGAUGGGAAAUCCGACUUCGGCGACUCAUUUCAGCCUGGAACCGUGCAGGUCAAUGACCAAACACCUGGGGCCUCUACCUGCCCAUCCGGGACCAAGUGGGAGCCAAUGGAGGACUCAGAAAUGUACAUCGCCACUUUAGAAAAUCGCUUAAAGAGACUGAAAGGCCAGUCCAGUGAUGUAACUUCCAGAGACAUGCUGCGUUCACUGUCCCAGGCCAAAAAAGAAUGUUGGGACCGUUUUCUGCACGAUGCGCAGGCAUCCGAGCUUUUCCAGGAAGGAGAUCUGGAUGAAGGUGCUCUGGAACAUUUCAAACGAUGGCUGGUUCCAGAAAAAGUGGCCAUCAGUGCAGAAGAGCUGGAGUACCUCCUGAGACCGAACCAGAGCCAGACACAGAGUGAAAGGACACCAGAGCCCCAACCCCCUGAAGAUGACUCCCCCAGCCCAGAGAAAUAACCCCCUUUUUGCAUAUGAUACUGUCCCAAACCAUUAACCCCUGUAGGACCUAAUGAGGUGGUAAGGGUGAAGUCCUUGCUAUGUUUUCAUCAGAGGAUUUAUGAACAUGCAUAAUGUUUACUAUUGUCCCUGCUGACAGUCAUUUUUAGUGUUGUCUUCAAAUACUGUGUAUAAAGUCCCAUAUGCAGUGUCAUUCCUGAUGCAGCAAUAUUAUUUUUAGAUGUUCAGUAAUAUUUUUGUAAUAUUUUUGUGUUAAUAUAACGUGUUAAUAUUCAAAUUUUGACAUGAUUUGAUUCUUGUUAUUCAUCAUUAAAUGCAGUGUAUAACCUCAUGGGAUGAAGUGCUGUCUGUACAGCAGGAUAAAGCUAAAGCCAGUCUUUAACUGGCCAUGGUGUAUUAGUAUUUUUGUAGAUGGAUAUAAGCUAUUCCCCAUUGCAAAUGUUUUGUUCCAACAUCUUUGCAUGUACAUACCUUUCUAGAGCAAUUCACCAUACAGAAUCAUUAGUUUACAUAACUUUAAACACAUCCUUAAUUUUAAAAUUGGUAUAUUGUUACUUUUUUCCUGUUUAAUUGUGGUUAUGAAAAAACUUGUAUUGCAUUUAACCAGAUGACAACAUUUGAGGAUGAAACAAGACACUUCAACUGAUAAAUAAUUUAUUACAUAUAAAUAUUUGUUCUUAUAUUACAGAGGUCCAUUUAAAUUCAUACAAAUAAUCUGCAGUAGUUACAAUAACCUACAGUUAAAGAGUGGAAUCGACUGUCGACACAAGAGCUCACACAAUUGAACACCUGCCGAGUUGUCCAA